GUUUAGUAUAUAGUAGCACAAUGAACUCGUUAUCGAAAGCUAUGAGCGCGCCAUAUCUUCCAGUGACUUCUCCCACCAGUAUCAGUACUAGUAACAUCCAUCGGUCAUAUCAUGAAGAUCAAAACCACAAUGACCUUAUAAUCGAUUUAGGACUCAGCCUUGGUAAUUCUCUUCAAGCACCGGAUGAUCAGGCUUACCAUUCCUCGUCAGGACAAUUUGUCAAUUCAGCAGAUUAUGGUGAGCUUAUGGGUUGGUCUCAUCAGUUGAACCCGUACAUGAAAGCUUCCAUCUCAAAUGUAUAUCAGACAAUGGUAAUGUUAGAUGAUGAAGAAACGGAGGUUGUUCAGAGCAAAGAGAGAUGGGCUUAUGUGAAGGUUAACAUGGAAGGAAUCGUUAUUGGUCGUAAAAUAUGCAUCCAUGAACAUGCUGGUUUCACAAGCUUGGCUAUUCAACUUGAGGACAUGUUCGGUAGACACAGCAUGUUUGGACUGCGCUUAUUUGAUACGGAAUCGGAAUUUUCAUUGUUUUAUAAAGACUCGACUGAGAGUUGGAGGACUGUUGGUGAUGUGCCAUGGAAGGAAUUCGUGGACUGUGUGACGCGCUUAAGAAUUAAUCGAAAGGACGGCGUCAUUUUUUCCCCUUCCCCUUCAGUAUCGUCUCUAUUCACCUAAGUUCGG